UUCUUCUGAUGAUGACGUGUAGCUUCGCUUCAUCUUCCCCAUCUCUUCAUAUAGUGAUAGAAUAAAAAAAAUUAAAAUGUAUUUUUUUAGAUUUCAAUUUUCAUUAAGACAAGUGAAUCAGCUUGUCCCCAGAGAGGAUCUUAUCUGUGUAAAAUUUACGAAACCUUCGACGAAGUCAUAAGCUUGGAAUCUCUCUUCAAGUUUGACUCGUCUGCUCAUUUCAUUUCUCUCUCUUCUUGUUACUUGCAGGCGAUGACUCUUCGUUAGAGGAAAAGGAACUGAGGUUAUUACAAAAGCUUCCAUAUUUGAGAGUAAGAAAUAAAUAAAUAAACAAUGCCUGAAGGGAAACUGAGAUCAGGAGUUUACAGAUCAUUUAUAAUGUGUGAUGAUCCAAGAGAUGUUGUUGACUGUGGUGCCAUUAAGAAACAGAGUAAGAGCCGUCCUUCGAAAGCCAAGGAGAGAUCAGAUAUGGCUGUGGCGCCUCCACGGAAGAGUUCCGAGGAUGCUCCACCUCAUUCGUCGUUGCAGCUUUUGAGAGUAUCUAAAGGGAUUCAGAAACUGAACGUCGCGAUUGAUUCAUGGUCUAAAGGGUUUAGCUUUGAGACUGCGUCUAGGCCUGAGGAUAUAGCGAAAGAUUUGUUGAGAGGAGCGCUUGAUUUGGAAGAGUCUUUAGCUAUGCUCAGUAGUAUUCAAGAAGAUGAUAUUAAGCAGAAACCGAGUGUUUGUAAAGACGGUAGAAGAGAUUUGCGGUUUCAGAGAUCGAUGUCUGAUAGAUUCGGAGAGAGGAUUGAGAAACGGACGAUGGUUCAAGAGAAUGUAGCAUCAAAAGAUUGUUAUGAAGAGCUGAGAAAAGUGAUUAGAGAAAGCUUUCUUAGGCAGAAUCUUGUGUCACAAACAAAAGGUACUAAGACUCGUGUUGUUAGAAGUGAUCAUUUUGCUUCCUCGUCUGGAGCUGCGUCGUCGUCAACGAGCUCUAGCCAAUCUUCUAUGGUUUCUGGCUCUACAAAGUCCUCUGCUUCGUCUGAUGUUCCACGGAGAGCUCCAAGUUUGAUUGCUAGGCUUAUGGGUUUGGAUGUAUCAUCAACCCAAGAACCGAGCAAAAGCGUCGUGGAUCAUAUCGAUAAGGCGGAUAUGGUAAAGCUGCCAUUAGAAAGACAAGAGCAGAAGCUGAAGAUGAAUAAUAAGAAGGAGAGUUCUGAAACUGUUAGAUGCAACUCUACAAGAGAAGCUGUUUUACAAUCUUUGCCUGAAGAGAAUCCUUCAACUAUAGUACUCAUUAGACCUAUGCGUGUUGUUCAACCGGUAAUGGAAGAGAAGCCGGGAAACAAACGAGUGGUUGUACCUAAGAAACCAAGAAUGCAAGGGGAGGUUCAUCCAAGAAUGAUUAGUAACCAGAGAAAAGAUCAUCAAUUAGCCAAGGGAAACAGCAAGAAAAUGAAGUUACCAUUAAGUAUGAUGACCAAGAAAGACAAAGAACCGAAAGAGAUGGUGCGGAAACUAGAACAGAAUGAAGGUAAGGUGAUCAAACCAAUGUCUCUGAGCAAUGUCAAAGCUGUAACAAAAGAUCGAAAACCAAUGGAAGGCGGCAACAAAACCAACAAAAAGCUUGGCGUCAAGAAGGAGGAUACUGCUGAAGGCAAAGAUAGAAAUAGACCUCUUAAACCACCCAGCAACACUGCGACUCAAAAGAAAUCGAACAAUUCUUCAGACUUAUCAAGAAACAAGAGUGGACGUUCCAGCAGGUUGAGCUCAAGCUCUAGUAGUGGUGAGCAGAAGAGUAGUAGUCGGUUAAAGAAGUCCGGUGAAGCUACUAGACCAAAUGCCAAGAAGAAACUUCGACAACAAGACAACGAGCUCGGUUCAGAGAAUAAUUCAUGCUCUUCACAAGACACACGUGGAUCACCUAACCAAGUACUCUCUACAGAAGAAACCACAUCUUCAGAGUUUCACAAUCAAAGUCAUUGUGACAAUGGAGAAGUUUCAUCUUGUGCUCCCACAGUUCAGCGUUCACAUGAGCCAGAAACCUCCCAAAUCUCUCUUAAAACAUUCCUGUCCAGCUCCUCAGAUUUCAUCGGCUACGCAGAGGAUCUCUUCGACAUCAACACCAACACCAACGAAUCAGCCUUUCGAAAUAGAGUUAGCAUUGUGACCACAGACCAAAGACUUGCACUAGACUUUGCCAAAGAAGUAGCCAGACGUAGAAGCCUUCUACUAGCAAAACCAAUGAGUCCCCAACGAAGCUCAGUGGACAUUGAUGAGUUGUUAACGGAAGUCUGUGAUGAGUUUGAGUCUCUGAGAAGUUACAGAGACACGUUUUCAGAACAGAACAGCUUCGUUAAAGAGAGCAUUCACAUGGUGUUGGAGAAUGAUCUUAAAGAUAAGAAGACUGAGAUGACAAGUGGAGUUUGGGACUUGGGUUGGAGAAGUGAGUUUCAGAUCGAUGAAACUUAUCAAGCUGUAGUUGACUUAGAGAAACUUAUCUUAUCAGGUUUGAUUCAAGAAAUCAUCACUUGAGUUUACCAAGAAUAAAUGUGUUUCCUCUAUUUUUGUACCUCGUAGGUUUAAUUCUCGUACAUUUUAAAUUCUUUGUAACCAAUUCGAUAAUUAAGUAUAAAUAAUUCAAAUA